CCACACUUCUCGAAAUCUACGGCAAAGCGUUUCCGAUCCAAGCUGCGAGCCAGCGAAACCGCCAGCAAACCCGGUCGGGGUGUCCGACGGAGCUGAUGCCACCCGGAUGGUGAUUGUAUGCUGCCAAUAUUCUACUCUAGAAAGCCAUAUCGAGCACACGAGCCCGAAUAUAGACUAUGAUGCUCUGAGCAGACGCGCCAACUCCGACCAUCUCCAAGUUAUGCAUUUCCGACAGGCAUGUGGAAGACAGCUUACAACAAGACUCCACGAUUCCUGUAGUUUCAUUCCAAAAUGGGAACAAGCCGAUGAAGAAAAGGAUGUACUGAUAUCAAGUUCCUCUCAGAGUACCAGCAGGAACUCGCUUGUUUUCCCAAUAACAACGAAAGAGCAUCGGCGCGAAGCAGGGCCCAAGGAAACCAACAUCACUUGUCUGAACUCUCUUCUAUAUCAUAUCCCAACCCGAAACAAACCCUCAAUCAUACUCAACAGUCGCAAAUCUCCAUCUCGGACCCAGCUUUCAUCCCCGACCACUACAAUCUCUUCAUCCCCGAUCCCACAACACGACAUCGGCGACCAUCGCGGAACGGGAAGGCAACCGCACACCCAACUUCCUUCUCCUGCCUCCAUGGGAGAGCAGACCGAAGAACGCAAAACAGCCUACCUCAAAAGACCGCCGAUCCAUCUUCCGACCGGCAAUUACAUCUCGACAGAAAGCCCUCUUUUCUACAUACGACCGAUGAUGACGUGACGAGCCCUUCAUCCACAUCGAUGUUCUUUCUACCCAUCCCAUCCCAUCCCACGCCCCCUUCUCCCG